UAUAAAUCAUUGCACAGAAGCGACAUAUUCAACUACACCAGUAGUGGGUAUAAUAUGACGCUCCGUUCCUUGCAGUCACGUACCAAGAUCAGCGCCAUCUAGGCAUCAGCUAGGUAGAUAAAAAGAGAAUUCCUUUUCUUUUGAUUUUAAUAAAUGUGCCACUGUCUAAUCAUGAGGGAUAAGUGCGUGGGUUCAGGUAGAAUUAUCAGUUUUGAAUAAGGUGGUUCCUUAUACUGUGGUACCUAUAGCAAGUACCUACAACUUCAUUGUAUUCUGUGAACGGUGGGUGGUCGUGGGGAUCCAGAUCGGAAGCUUCAGACUAAACAACAAGAUUUCAUACAUCCCGCGUCAACUUACUGCGUUGUAAAGUGAGAGUGCAUGAAGUCUAAACCCUAGAACUCGCUGUUCAGCGUGAUGGUCCCCACAGCGGUUGACGGCGAGGGGCCGCUGUUGCCUGCCUUCUACGCCGGGCGCUCCAUAUUCAUCACUGGAGGCACCGGCUUCCUGGGGAAGGUCCUGAUAGAGCGCUUGCUAUGGACAUGCCGCGACAUCGGAGAGCUGCACGUGUUGCUGCGGAGCAAGCGAGGGCGCGCCGCCGCCGACAGGCUCGACGAACUCAAGCACUCACAGCGGUUGAUAUGGUGGGUUCGUGACUAUCGACAGGCGUUCGACUUGAUCCGCGCGGAGUGUCCGCGGCAGCUGGACAAGCUCCGCGCGGUGGAGGGCGACGCGACGCUGCCUCGCCUCGGCCUCGACGAUGCCUCCGUCACACAACUGCAAGAGGUGUCGGUGGUGUUCCACAGCGCGGCGAGCGUGCGGUUCAGCGAGCCGCUGUCGCGCGCGCUCGCGAGCAACGUGUACUCCGUGGAAGCGCUGCUGCGACUGUGCGACCAGCUGCCCAAGCUAGAGGCGCUAGUGCAUGUAUCGACGGCGUUUAGCAACUCGGAGCGGCGACACGUCGGCGAGCGCGUAUACGCCGCGCCCGCGCCUCUAUACGCCGUGCGCGCGCUGCCCGACACGCUGCGGCGUGACAUCACACACAGGUUGAUCGCGCCGAAGCCGAACACAUACGUGUUCUCUAAGGCGCUGGCGGAGUGUGUCGUACAGGAGCACGCCGACACAGCGCGCUACGCCGCCGCCAUCGUGCGACCCUCCAUCGUGGUGUCGGCGCUGCGGCAGCCUCGCCCCGGCUGGACGGAGAGCGCGGCGGGGCCGGGCGGCGUGGUGCUGGCGUGCGGCAAGGGGCUGCUGCGCGCGUUCCUGGUGGAGGGGAGCGCUCGCGCAGACCUCGUGCCUGUCGACAUCGCCGCCGACAAUAUCAUCGCCGUCGCCUGGGAGACCGCCACGCAACGGCAAGAGACGCGGUCGGUCCGCGUGUACAACGUGUGCUCGCAAGAGAACCGCGUGUCGUGGCGGAUGUUCCGCGCGGUCGCGCUGCGGGCGGUGCGGGAACACCCGUUGGGCGGCGCACUCUACUACCCGACACUCAUCGCCGUCCGCAACUGGUACCUGUACAAGUUCUUGGAGCUGGUACUGCAGACAGUUCCCCUGCACAUCGUUGACUGCGUCACGCGCGCCUGCCGGACACCCAUGAAAGUGCGUCUAUCGUCGGUUCCCGCUCGCUUGCGUGACAUGUCGGCGGCGCUGUCAUACUUCGCGACGCGCGAGUGGCGCUUCGACUCACACAACGUGACGCACCUGCAAGAGCGACUCACGCAAGCCGACAGGGAGAUAUACAAUCUGGAUGUUAACACCGUCGACUGGGAGGAGCACCUGACUGACUUCGUGAAGGGAGUGCGCGCCUACCUGCUGCGGGAGAGCGACGCCGAACUGCCGCGAGCUCGACGACAUAUGCACAGACUGCGCGUGGUGCACCGAGCCGUGCUGCUGGUGGCGCACGCUGCACUCUGCGCUCUGCUCGUCUACGUAGCACUCGCCUUGUACCACGUGAUCACCUCAUGACGAAACACCACCUUAAACACAACCAUUCUACAAAAAAAAAACUUUUAAUCGUCUGUUGAACACUUGUCAACAAAAUAAGUGUGGCUGCAAAACGGACCUUAUUUCAACGUCAUAAUCUGUCAUUUUUUAGACAAGUGUUCAACAGACGUUUAAAAGUGUUUGUGGUACGACGGUAACAAUUUGUCCUAAAAUUGAGUGCGUAUUUAAAUAUAUUUUUUAUAUUAGAUUAAUAUUAAA